AUGGACGCCACUUCAAAGAGUCAGCAAAUGUAUGCUCCCAGAACUGAGCGACAUCCCCUUCCUGUUCGCCCACCGGUAGAGGUUUGUUUGAACGGCGGUCCACCACCGGACUCUCAGAUCAAUCGACACGAGCCGGAGGCCUUCGAGCGAACAUCAUCUAUUAGUCCUUGUCCUAGAACUUUCGACUUCGAGGACAUCCUACAUCUGCAAGAUCUAUCAAACUCUGGAGAUGAUGAUCAUUCAAUGACUUUCGGUCAUUCUGGCCAGACCUUCGAUCCUCAACCCUCCGAUUUUGAAUCGGGCGACCUGGAGCUUGCUUUCGCUGCUGGUCAGCACUCUCAAUUUGGGGUUACUGGAGGCCUUAGCCAGACUGGACUGCUUCUAAAAGAAGCAGCAAUUGAUCCGGCAAUUCUGGACGACCAUCAUUUCCCAGCUAUGGAGCAGACCCAAGCAACAGAACCUUUACCUGACGUCGCAACCUGCCCAGGCAGAUCAUCAGCUGAAAACUCUCGCCUUUCGGAUAAAGAUGCCUCUUUCCAUGGCAGGCAACAUAAACCGAAGAGGAUCGUGAAAUCUGGUCGGCAGCCUUACAAAACGAACAAUCUUUCAGUUGUUGUAGAAAGUCGCCCAAAGUCUACAACCGGUCGACCUUCUCAAGGGCUCGGCCGUAAGAACGUUUCGUUUUCUAUCGUUCGUGCUCAAUUCUCUGCCCUUUCGGUCGACGACCGAUUACAGUUCCUGUCCUGGCUGUUCGAGGGUGCCUUAGCUCAUUGCCUUACUACGCCUUCGAGCACAAAUGAUGCCGCUGCAUCACGAUCCAUCUCGAACCAGGAUGAAAACAUGACACCUAAGUCUAAACACUUGGGUAAAGGGGCCGAAAAAAUCGAUGGGGAACAUACUCGUUCCUCGAGAAAGGGAUUACGAUGGUCCGUGGAAGAGGAUCAUCUACUGGUGAAACUCAAGGAAAAAGAAAAUCUCGCUUGGUCGGAAGUGUUCAAUCGUUUUGGUCAAAAGUUCCCCGGAAGAAGUGAAGGGUCUAUACAGGUAUACUGGAGCACGACGCUCAGGAAACAGCGACUACCUUGA